AAGCAGUUUUCGAUGUACCUCGGACAAACGAUGUUCGACUUUUAGCUAACCCAAAGAUCGUGUGCAUUGUUUGUGUCGAUUCAAACAAAUUUUUCUUCUGAUCUAAGUCUGUUUGUUAUUUUUUUAUUUUUUCCUCAGUAAGUGAUGAGCUCCUGAUGAAUAAAUAGCAACAUCUGAUCGAAAACUCAGUCACAAAUAGAUUUUCAAGUGCUACUUAAUCGAAACGACACCGAAAACAUUUAUUGGCAAAUCUCUGAACAUCAGUGUGGAAUUUUAAUGAAGAUUUUGGUUUUCCAGCAGAGUCAACAUACACAAAUAACACACGCAAAACAUGAUGAGCUUCAAAAAUUUCAAUUUUGGUUACACUAUAUUUGUGAUUCUCAUAUUGACAACAAUAAUUAACGAUGGAAUGUUGUGUGUAAAUGCUUGUGAAUUGGACCAAACACAGCACGGAUGUCGCAUUGAUAACGGUGCUUGUUCUUGUUCGUAUGGCUGCAAAUCGGAAUUUCGUUAUGCAAAUCUAAAAGAAUGCAACGAUGCUCUGAAGGGCCGUUCAAAUGAUAUAUGCAAUCGUAAACCGUGUCAACAUAAUGGUGUUUGCACUCAAAUAUCCCAAUCGCCUGGAUAUCGAUGCAAAUGUGACGGCACGGGAUACCAUGGGAGUCGAUGCCAAAUAAAAUGCCCGGAUCCAAGUAAUCCUUUAGAUCCACAAUUGAAACAAUUCCCAUAUGAAUGUAUCAUGAUUUGAUGAAAAGAAAAGAAAAAUGCGUUCGUUCAAAUGCAUGCAAUCAGUUGUUGUGUUAACAAGAAACUAGUAGCCAUAUGUUUUUUUCUCUUUCUUUCUUAUCCUCAAAAUACACACAAAUAUAAAAUCAACAAAAAUUACUGAAUAUAA